UUCAUUUGCAAUUCGCCGAAACUGCGUUUCAUUGCGAAGGCAAUUUGUUGCGCUUUUUCGCGCUUACUUUAUUCUGUGCCAUUCACUCCAUGUGCCAUGAAAUCCCAGUACAGAAAUUUCAACCCAAACAGAUGCAACGUGUGUUUCCAGAAUUCUCCGGACGAGCCAAACGUGGAAAAGAAUCUAAAACAUUGCGCAAAAUGCAAACUUAUAAAAUAUUGCGGCAAGGAUCAUCAGAAGAUGGAUAUACCGAUCCAUCGCGAGUUUUGUUCUGCAGUGCAUACGGUGCUGAAGAAAAGUGGUGCCGAUCAUGUACUUCGCUGUGCUGAACCAUUUCUUGGCACGCGUUUCGACGCCGAACCGGACAACCUGACCAAUCUCAUGAACCACGUCAAUUGUUGCAGUUUGUUGUUAUCGAAAAUUUUAAAGCGUCCACUACAUCAUCACGAGCAGCUCAUGCUAAGCUUUGUUUCCUUGUGCAACGUCUGUAUGGAGUACCGAACGAAGCUGUUUCUUUGCGACGCAUGUCACCAGGUAGCUUACUGCAGCAAGGAACAUCAGCAAAGUGACCGAGACAAUCAUACCAAGUGGUGCGAUGGACUGCGCAUCAACUUUUAUUACAAUGCUAGUCCGGUUAGAUAUCCUGAAGCCAUGCAUCCCGUGUUUUGGUUUUCCGAUUGUGAGAUGCUCCAAACCCGAUUUCCAAAGGAUACGUUCGAACUGGCAAGCGCAAUCGCGCAGGAAGGCAUCAAAACCUGCGAAACAGACUCGGGCAAAGAGAUGACAGAGCAGAUAGAAGAUAUAAAAUUGGCGGGAAUGUUUUCACAGGUAGGAACAAUUCUGUACGCUUUACGUAAAGUCAACUUGUUCGAUGAAAUAGGUAACGAACUAAACGUGUUUGUGCUUGGUGCGGAAAAUGAACAUCUGUUCUUCAACACGAUCACAGAAGCUGCGAUUUUCUCUUUUUUGCCAAAUUUGCGAUGCCUGCGGUUGUUCCUAAUUGGGCCGAAUGUGGAGGAAGCACCAUGUAGCGUCAAGCAUUUCGUAGGAAACCGCACGGUCGAGAUCGCAAUAUACAGUUGUCUGUAUCAUGAACUGCCUGAAAAUUCUAACCUUCCAAAGCCGCACCUUGCCAUUGCUUUCAAUUGCGGUUUUAACGAGUUUAUCGGUACACCUGCACAAACCUGGAACAAAACAAUAAGCGAAAUUCUAACCAUUCCAAACCUUCCGUUCGCUUUCACGUCCUACACGCAGAGAGAAUCGAUUGAUGAUUCUUGUAUCGUAGAAUUGAUAGCGAAAACAAAUAAUAGGUCUUGCGGAGAACUCGUGUUUGUGAUUCGAAACGCAGUGAAUCCAUUCCGCCAUCCGGUACCACUUCGUAACCCUAUCCGGGACGAUAAAAAUCACGUAUUAUAUCACAAAAAUGGAUUCCUUUCCAUUGGUGUGAUGCAGCUAGGAUAAGACCGUUUACAAUUUUUUAUAUGAAAAUGUUUUUUUAUUCAUUUUAUACAUGCUUAUUUCUACAGCAAAGAAAACACUAACGAUCUUGUUAGGGGAAACGUAACGUUCCAUUUUCUUUGUACACUACGUACAACGGGAAAUAAUAACCUUUUUUGGGACAUAUUUUGUAAGGGUAAUAUUGCUGUAUCUAUUCACGAAUUUAACAAACAUC